GCAAGCUUCCCUUCAGACUGGAGCAGGGGCAGCCGACCACCAGCUUCACUGGGGAGCGCUCCAGAGCACGGCAGUCCUGCAGGAGAAGUCCACAGAGUGCCUGGGCUCCUGAGGCUGAAUUCCUGUGGCCAGCAUGGCGGAGUCCGGGGAUAACUCUCUGCGGAUCGUUCUGGUCGGGAAAACUGGAAGCGGAAAAAGCGCCACAGCCAAUACCAUUCUUGGGAAAGAAACCUUUCAUUCUAGAAUAUCUGCGCAUGCAGUCACUCAGACCUGCCAGCGGGCAUCCAGAACAUGGAAAGAGAGAGUCCUCGGGGUGGUGGACACCCCGGGGCUCUUUGACACCAAGAAAACUCUGCACACCACUUGCAUGGAAAUCAGCAGGUGUGUCCUCUAUUCCUGCCCAGGGCCUCACGCCAUCAUCCUAGUUAUGAAGCUGGGCCGAUACACAGAGGAAGAACAGAAAACUAUUGCUUUGAUCAAGGCUGUCUUUGGGACAGCAGCCAUGAAGCACAUGAUUGUUUUGUUCACUGACAAAGAAGGUCUGGAGGGCUUGAGCCUCAAUGACUUCUUAAAGGAGGCAGAUGUGGAUCUGAAAAGAGUCAUCAAGGAGUGUGGGAACCAUGUCUUGGCCAUCAGUAACAAAGCAGACCAGGCUGAGAAGGAAGAGCAGGUACAGGAGCUGGUGGGGCUGAUAGACAAAAUGGUGCAGAAGAAUGGAGGGGCUUACUUUUCUGAUAAAAUCUAUGCCGAUGCGGAGGAGAGGCUGAAGAAGCAGGCAGAGAUUUUAAAGAAAAAUUAUACUGAUGAAUUAAAGAAGAACCUUCAAAUAGUGGAUGACGAGUAUGCUCAGAUGCUCAGUGAACAGAAACAGAAAGAGGAGGAAACUGUGAAAUCUAUCACAGCAAAGUAUGAGGACAAAAUUCAACACGUCAGGGAUCAGGCAGGCACAGAAAUCCUGAGCCACAUUGCUCAAAGACACAAGAACAUCAUUGCACACGUGUUGAAGUAAUUUGGGAAGCCAUGGGUCUCAUUGUGUUUUUCUUCAUCUGUGGUGAUUGUGAAGCAUUUCUCCACCUUCCCCCUCCCAUCCUCCCGCUCCAUGACUCUGGCCCAGAUUCUGAAAUGACCAAAUUGCUACCAAUGAGCAGGAAUUUCCAUGUUUGUACCUGAUGUCAAAAUUCCCUGUCAGGCCUCUGUGACUGGCCAGGCUGCAGGCGGUGGGGACACUGUGUGUGAAUUGUGUGUCUGAGUGUCAGCAGCACCCUGUGGUUGUCAGGCUCUUACCCCCAGCUUCCCUGUGCUGAGCCCCAG